AUGUCGAACAACCGUAAGCUUCUCAUCGCCUCGGUUCUCAAAUACCUCAAGUCGGAGAUUGAUGGCAAGAUGAUCACCCCCGAUCAGGAGGAAUCCCUCAACGUCGCUUCUCAGUGCCUUGCGAUGGCCUUCAACACCACUCCGGAAGAUGCUGAAGGACUUCCCUGUAUUCUCGAGCUUCUUACUGAUGCUGCUCCUGAUAUCAUGAACCAACGAGAAGUGACUGAGGAAGAACUAUCACUCGCCAACAAAUUGAAGAGUGAAGGAAAUCAACUCAUGAAAGACAAAAAAUUCGAAGAUGCUAUCGCAAAGUACUCCGAAGCCAUCAAGGUUCAAGAAAGCGCUAUUUACUACUGCAACAGAGCCGCCGCUUAUACUUCUAUCGAGAACUAUGAAGAAGCUCUCCAGGAUUGCAAGAAGGCCAUCUCCUUUGAGCCAGACUACUCAAAGGCUUACUCCCGAAUGGGUCUUAUUUAUUCAAAGAUCAAAUUGUACGCUGAGUCAGAGAACUGCUACGAGAAAGCGCUCAAGCUCGAGCCGGAUAAUGAAAGCUACAAAAAGAACCUCGAGAUCGUGAAAGAAAAGCUCAAGGAAGCCCCUGCCGGUGGUCUUGCUGGCUUGGGACCCGGCGGCAUGCCCGACUUCGGCCAAAUGGGAGCUGCCAUGGAGCAAAUGAUGCAGAAUCCUCAGAUGCGUCAGAUGGCUGAAAACAUGAUGCAGAACCCUCAGAUGCAAAAUAUGAUGCAGAACAUGAUGGGCCAAAUGGGCAUGCCCAUGCCUCCCAUGGGUGGAGAAGAAGGUGGCCCUCCUGCCGGUCUCCCUGACAUGGGAGCGGGCGGCUUCAACCCAGCUGCGAUGCAGGCGGGUAUGCAGAUGGCACAAGAAAUGAUGCGCAACAACCCAGAGCAGGUCGAGGAAAUGCGAAAAAUGUUCCAGAAUAUGGGUGGACCACCACAAACAUUGAAAAUGGAUGAAAUUCAAAGACUUGCGAAAUCGGUUCUGCGGGACAUGAACGCCACGAGCGACAAAACGUUGUUCGGGCGAAAGCGAAAGAUUUGGUCGACAGAUCUUGAGAAGAUCGUCGACCUAUCUGCGUCAAAGAAGGCUCCGCCACUUCCAAUACGCGCUCCAGUGACGAUGAAGCCGAACGAAAAGUUCGUCAUCAAACCAACGGAGUUUGAUAACGAGUUCGUCGAUUUCCUCUACGAGACCCGCCAAAUCGAGCUUGACAUCUUGGCGUUCUUGGAAACUGACACAGUUCCAAAGACGCCGAUGAAGGAGCGCGCGAAGCGGCUUUUCGAAGAGUCGCUCGACGAAUCAGUGCCGACGAUCUGCCUCGACGUCGACGAGAGCCAGGCCGAAGCUUCCAGACCUUCUCUCGCCGUACAAAACGAGAAGCCAAGCACUGAGAGCGCCAAAGAGGUUCCGACUAUGGAGUCAGUCGAAGAAGAACCAGAGGAAGGGGAGGAGACACCGGAGGGCCCUUCCAGCGAGCAGAUUCUCUUCGAGCAGAUCGAUAGCUCGAGAGUCGAGUAUGAGAAGCGAUACUCGAGCUUGAAAGUCAUUGAACUCAAGAAGAUCUGCGACAAAGAAAACUUGCCAAAAGUUGGGCGAAAAGCGGAUAUUGUCAAUCGACUCGUCGAUAACAAGCUCAAAAUCGAGUACGGUUCUCCACGAAUGCGACAAUCUUAUCAGAACGCAAUGGCAGCGCCUCUGAAGCCUGAGCCGACAUCACUGACGCGAUCGAACCUGACAAGUUCGACGCGUUCCCAGUCAUCGAUUAGAUCAAAUCUAUCGACAGCCUCGAAGAAGUCUACGAUGUCUUCUAGCUCCGUCAAAGCGUCAGCGAACUCGACGACGAGCAGUUCGGCUUCUAACUUCAGCCGAACACCCAGCUUCAAAAAGUUUGCGUCCAAGAUUGCUAGCCCAUUUGCUUCUCCUCGAGGGCCAUUGUUCAAGACUCCAUCUAAGAGCAAGUUGACGAGCUCCUCCAGUAAGACCCUUCUCACGAAGACGCCAAGCAAGGCCGAUCUAAAGGCGAAAGAGGACGAACGAGCGAAGAGAAUCGAGGAAAUGAAGAAAGAGAAAGAAAGAGAGCGUCAAGAAAAGAAAAAGAAAGAGGCAGAAAAAUUAGCCGCUGUCAAGAAAAAGCGGGAAGAGGAGCAGGCUAAAAAGCGAGAAAUGCAGUUGAAAAAGACACCUGCCAAGUCGAGCAAGCCGGUGAAAAAAUCGAAGAACAACACUCCAAUCAAAGCUCCUGCAUUCGCUCCUCCUGAGACGCCGAUUCAACAGCCGCAGUCGAUGCCCAUUAGAAUGCAGUCGGUCGAGAGUGACGACGAGGUCGAAAUCAAAAAUGUUCAUCAUCCAGAGCCAAGUUACACGACGCCACUGAAAUCAAUGCCGGUUCCUAGCAGCCAAAACUACGAAAUGACUCCUCAAGGCUGUGACAAGUGGGAGAUGAACCCCUCGACGAAAGACAACUACAACAUCGACGAUCUUGAGUCAGGAGACGAGACAGACGACGACGAAGCGCCCAGGAAGAAGAUUCCGUAUUGGGCAGAGUCGAAGCCAGAGUUGUAA